CCCCAACAUACAUACCAAAAUGGGCUCCAGGAAGUCCAUGACCCGGCCUCCGCCCGAUGCGGGCUUCGACGUCAAACCCCGCAACAAAAUCCAACGCCAACUCCUCCAUAUUAAGCGGAAGCGCGCCAAGGACUCGACGCGCCGCGCCGAACGAUACGCCUUCAAGAAGGAAGAAGCCAAGAAUCCCAAGUUGAAGGAAGAGCGUCUGAGGCGCAAUAUUCCUCUGACCAUCGACCGCAAGCGUGUCUGGGACGAUGCCGACAGUGACGUUGAGGAUGGGCUAGGACUGAGCGUUGACGUCGAGCGUAUCAAGCGGCGCAAGCAGGAGGAGGAGGAUGAGCUGAAUCGUCCACUGAAGGGCCCGGAGCAAUCUGCAGACGAGGAGUCGGAUGACGAUGAUGACGACGCCGACGAGGUGGACAGUAUGCUUGCCAGCAGUGAUGAGGAGGAUGUGGAUGAGGACGACGAGGACGGUGACGACAGUGACAGUGACAGCGGCAAGAAGAAGAGCAAGAAGGACGCGAACGACAGUCGCGGCCGGAAAUCGACGCUUCCAUCGGCUACCGAGCGUGCGACCAGCCCGUCGCAAUCGACCAAGAGCACCAACCUGAGCCUCGUUCCCGAAUCCCUGGCCGCCAAAUUCCCCUCCCUCUUCAACACCGAAAAGCCGCCCGCUCCCAAGAUCCUGAUCACUACCUCUCUCAACUCGACCCUCCACCAGGAAGCCCAGCUGCUGACGGACCUGUUCCCGAACUCGCAUUAUGUCCGUCGCACGCGGCACCGCUUUGCCCACCAGUUCUCCAUCCGCGAGAUUUCCAAGUUCGCCUCCAACCGCAACUACACAGCCGUGGUCAUCCUGCGCGAAGACCAGAAGAAGCCCGCGGGCUUGGACAUCGUUCACCUGCCUACGGGGCCCAUGUUCCAUUUCUCCUUGAACAAUUGGGUCGAGGGAAAGCGCAUCCCCGGCCACGGUAACGCCACGGAACACUGGCCCGAACUCAUCCUGAACAACUUCCGCACCCCGCUGGGUCUGCUGACUGCCCAUCUCUUCCGCACCCUGUUCCCCGCGCAGCCCGACAUUGAGGGCCGCCAGGUCGUCACCGUCCUCAACAGUCGCGACUAUCUCUUCUUCCGCCGGCACCGGUACGUGUUCCGGGAGAAGCGUGAGACUGAGAAGGCUGUCGUCGGCGCCGACGGGAAAGAAAUGAAGGGCGCCGAGGGCAUCCGGGCCGGUAUGCAGGAGCUGGGACCCCGCUUUACCCUCAAGCUGCGUCGCGUUGAUAAGGGGAUCCAACGGGCCAGUGGCCAGGAAUGGGAGUGGAAGGGAGGCAUGGAGAAGACGCGGACGAAGUUUCAACUAUAGUCGGUGUCUGUGGAUUUAGGUCUUUACGUACUUCAUUUGUUUCUAGCCUUUCGCCUGGUUCGACAGCAUUGGGUUCGGACGGAGUUUGGAUGAGAAAAAAAGGGAUUGAUUCAUUGGUUGACUGGUUUUUUUUAUCAUUUUUUUUCUUCUCGCGUGUAUAGCUUGCCUGUCUGCCAUGGUAUGGAGAUAUCACAACUAUCUGGUUUUGUGUAUAGAAAUAUAAACAUCACGAUCUGGUCUGGUCUCCCU